CGGAUGUGGAACCCCCGCGAAUCGUUUCUGGAUCACCUCGUUCCCGCCCUCGAUCAACUUCCGUGCAUAAGCCUCGCCCUCGUCCCGCAACGGGUCACAGCCUGCCGUGUAGAUCACCGUCUUGGGCAGGCGAGUGAAAUCUGGAGCCUGAAGAGCAUUGGCAUACCACUUGACGGCGGCCAAUUGUGCGUCUCGGGUCAGUCCCUCGGAGGCGAUGCUCUGCCACUUGAGAUUGUCAAACCACUUCAAUCGUGCCCAGUUCAAGGUGGGCGCGUGUUCCAUGGACUGCAUGGAUGGCCACGGGGCAUCCGCGGCCGACUUGUAUUGGGAGAUAUCGUCGAUCGUGGGCGUGCCGACUGCGACUAGCUUAAGGGGGAUGUGGGCGUCGCGGGCGAGAUGCGCGCAGAUCAGAGCGAUGUUGCCACCGGCGGACACGCCGCCCAGGGAGACCCGCGUGGGAUCGAUGUUGAAUUUGUCGGCGCCGUGGGUGGAGAUGUAUUGCAGGGCCGCGAAGGAGUCUUGGAUACCGAUGGGGAAUGCGUGUUCGGGGACCAGUCGAUAGGCGACGUCGAUGACGCACACGUUGGCUUUCACGCAGAGGUGCUUGCAGAUGUGGGCUUCGGUAUCGAGGUCACCCAAGCCCCAGCCUAUGAUGCCGAGUCGAGCAAUUAAUAUCUCUCGGUCCAACAAGCUCUUCACUCCAUGAUUCAUGCUUCUCGCUUCUCUUACCUCCGCCGUGAUAGUCCACAUGCACCGGCCACGGGCCUGGCGUGGCAGGCUCGUACACGCGAACGGGAAUCAGGUCACCAUUGUGGCCGGUCACUUCACUGUCGUACACGCGCGCACAGUCUGGCGCUGGUCCCGUCCCGUACGAGUAUAACACCGAGUAUUUCGUGCGCAACACGGAGAGGUCAAUGGGACCCGCGGGCGUGUUGGCGACGUGUUCGUUGUAGAGUUGCACGAACACGGGGUCGAGGUGGGGAAGCACCGCGGGGUGAAUGGGGUUGAGGGCUUCGUGGGAGGCCAUUGCAGUGUGUCAAUGGUCGAUGGUCAAUGGAGGAGGAUCGGGGUGGAAAGGAAUAAAGACAAGUCUGCCAUAUUAAUCUUAUAUCGGACAGACCCUUUCCUGCUCGAUGACCGUCCCAUUGUCGGCCGUCGCGUUGGGGCGCGUAGCCGACGGUCGGAAAGCGCGCGAGUUGAGGCUCGGAAGAUCAAAGCGGGGGAAAGCUUUCGGAGUUUGAGAGAGUCGAGCAGGGCCACUCCGAUAACCAAUCGUCGGCUGUCGGCGGUAGUUCCUGCGGUAGUCAUUCCCAUGGGAAUCGCCGUGGGAGAAAUGAUUACUGAGCGGGGGCGCUUAUGGGCUUAUCUAUGCGACGGGCGUGUUCUUUUCCGGUUUCUCUUCCCAAGACGCCAAACCCUCUCUUUCUCCAUCAACUUCGGAGUGGCCCUAUUAACACAAAAGGGACUCCCUCUGGACGAACAAUGUGCUGCUCAUCAACGCCAUUGCCAUCGCCAUGGAUCCCGUGCUUAUCGUCGGUGCUGGCAUUGUCGGCCUGACCCUGGGCCAAGCCCUAAAACAGAAGAACGUUCCCUUUGAGAUUUACGAACGCGAUGCGACACCCGAUGCCCGUGGCCAAGGAUGGGCCAUCACUCUGCACUGGGCGCUGGAGUAUAUGUGGAAGAUGCUGCCCGAAGAGACACUCGCGCGCAUCCAAGCCGUCCAAGUCGACCCGGACGUGGCGCGCAAUGAUAACGGCAAUUUCCUCUUCAUCAAUCUCGAAACGGGGGAACCCAAAUAUAAGAUUCCUCCCAGUACUCGAUGGCGGGUGAAUCGUGAGAAGACCCGCCGGGCCUUGCUGCAGGGGAUCGAGGAACACGUUCACUGGGGCCAACGAGUGGUCGGUGUAAACCUGCCAGAGAACUCCAGCCGGGUCCAACUGGUCUUUGACGACAAAACCUUGGUGACGGGUCGUAUCGCCGUCGGAGUUGAAGGAAGUCGCUCGAUGGUGCGACAAGUUUUACGCCCGGAUUCGUUCAACAACGCCCCUCUGAACAUCAACUUUACCGGUGUCGCCGUGGACUUGACACCCGACCAAAUCAAGCCCUUGAGGGAUAUGGAUCCGUUGCUGUUCCAGGGAUGCCAUCCACCCUCGGGCACCUUCUUCUGGUUCUCCAUGCUGGAGACUCCCCAAGUUAAUGGAACGGCAGGAACGGCGGCAGAACGAUAUCGCGCUCAAAUAUGCAUGUCCUGGCCCGUGACGGGGCCGGCAGAUGAGGUCGCCGUGACAGACGAGGCUCGCCUAACGAAUAUGAAACGCCGUGCGCAAGGAUUUGUGCCAUUCCUGCGAGAGGCGGUGGACCGCAUUCCGGAUGGGACGCCCGUCACGGAGAUUAAGUUGGCAGACUGGGAGUGUCUGUCGUGGGAUAACCAUGCUGGUCGGGUCACGUUGGCUGGUGAUGCUGCUCAUGCAAUGACAAUGUACCGGGGCGAAGCAGCCAAUCAUGGCCUGCUCGACGCAUAUCGACUGAUGGAGGCCAUUGUAAAGAUCUAUGCGGGCUCGGCAACGCCCUCGAUGGCGAUUGAUGAAUUUGAGACGGAGAUGAGGGCUCGGACCAGUCGGGCCGUCCGACUGAGUCGGCAGGCUUGUGUGGAUGCACACGAUUGGAGUCGACUGGACGAGACUUCUGCAAUUUUAACGAAGAGGGCCAUUGUUGGGGAGUGAAUGAUGAUGUCUUACAUAUAUAUACCUUAAAUGAAUUCAGAUAUCUACAUAGUGA